UUAUAUAUCAGUCACCUUCUUCCUUGCAUUUCCCUUCCCUUCCUCCAUUGUAUCUCCAGAUAAACCAGAGGUAGCAGCAUCUCAAUCCACUCACGCAAUGUCAGGGAAGAUCUCGACGUUAAUUCUGAAAGUUGACCUCGAAUGCUGCCGCUGCUACAAAAAGAUCAGGAAGGUUUUGUGCAAUCUCCAAGAGAAGGUGCACAUCACGUCCAUUUCCUACGACGAGAAGAACGGGACGGUGACGGUCGCCGGCGUCUUUGACCCCGACAAGCUCUCGAAGAAGCUCCGCCGCAGGGCCGGUAACGUGAUCAAGAAGAUUGAGGAGAAACCGGAGGAGAAGAAGGAAGCGAAGCAAGAGGAGAAGAAGGAAGAGAAGAAAGAGGAGAAGAAGGAAGCGAAGAAAGAAGAGGAGAAAAAGGGAGAGGAGGAGAAGGCGGCGCCGGAGCCAGGGAUCAAGUUCGAGCCGGUGGUCGUGACGCCCUACUUCUGGCCGCCGGGGGUGGCAAUCUGCUGCCCCCGGCCGUACCUGGAGAGUUUCCACGGUGGGUGCAGGUGCUGCGCCUGCGGCAGGGUGACGGAGAACCAACCGGCGCCGGAGCCUACCCCGCCGGCUGCGCCGUAUUACUACCCGACGCCUUACAAGACUUGCCAAUUCGUGUGCGAGGAGGAAUCACCAGCCGUCUGCUCCAUCAUGUAAGGCAGCGCAUGCAGUCGAUCGCAAACGAUAUCUGACCUUUGGCUCUCAUUUUUUACGUUCAACUUUAUAUCUGCAAAUAAAUUAUGAAACAGAAACACCUUAAUUAUGAGACUGAAAUUAAACGAAAAUACAUUCAAAUUU